AUGUUUUCACAUUUUGAAUUCUCUAAAUGUCAUUUAACUUCAUCACAAUUCAAAACAAUAUUCUCUUCUCCCAAGCUAUCAUCAUUAACAUUGACACGCACAAACUUUACUCUUUUCCCUUCUGACACGCUUUCACUGUUGUCUAUUAGCUACAUCACUCUUUCUCUUGACAUUAUUGAGCUUUUUGUAGAAUUGAAGAAUUUGAAGAAACUACAUUUAUCAUACACAAAUAUUGAUUGUGAUUGCAUUGAUUUUAUUGUUAAUGGUCCAUUAAAAUUAGAAAGUCUUAAGAUUGCAGAUAAGGUAAUACCUCGGAGAGGUCUCAUUAUCAUAUUCAAUCCUCAUGUUCCAUCAUCACUCAAUACCCUUACUAUUGAGAGCUAUGAUAGAGAGCAAAUUCAUAGUUUUAAUAUUGAUACAGUCAAUUUUCCUCAUUUAAGAACAUUAUACAUCACUGCAAUACUACAUAGUUCAGUGAUUGAGAAAAUAUUCAAUCAUGGACUCGAAUUAACCUUGCUGAAACUAGAGAAUACUGAUCAAAGUUAUAGUUAUAACUUCGAUUUUUCAAAUGCACAUCAAAUACCCUCUCUCAGAUCAUUUUAUUAUAACGAUAUCAUCAAUAUGGAUAUUAUUCCACAAAUGCUCAAUGAAGACAUUGAAAAUCUCACAAUUGCACGUCUUGAUGCAAUAUCAUCACUGACUUUAUCUCGAAUACUUUCUGAUCAAUUCACAAGUUUGACAUCAUUGACCCUUUUUGUAAGCCAAUUGAUGACAGAUUGUGGAAAAUAUAUAUUCAAUUUAAAACACUUGACACGACUAGAUAUUUCUGGAUGUAAACCACGACCUGAAAUCUGUAAAUAUAUUUUCAACAUGAAAAGUUUGACAUAUAUUGAUCUUACAAAUUGUGAAAUUGGAGAUGAAGGAUUGAAAUAUUUAUCAAAUCAUAACUUGGACAACAUACAGACGCUAAAACUAGACUUUAACAAUUUAACUUAUGUUGGAGUUGAAUAUUUGAUGCGUGUAAAGUUCAAACGUCCAUUGUUAUAUCUUUCUCUCAAUGACGAAAUUAGUAAUAAUGGAACCAUUCAUUUUGAGAGUGGAUUCAAUUUCAACGUAAAAACCCUCUUUAUUAUAGAUGGGGGCAUGGAUUUUAGGGAUGUAAUUUCAAUUCUACAAAACUGUAUCAUAGAAGAAUUGAUUAUAAGGAAACCACAGAAAAUGCUUCUUGGAUCACUGGCUAUUAAAAAGCUUUCAAAGAAGAAACAGGUGAAAGUAGUAAUGCUUGGCCAAUAA